AACUCCAGAAUAAGUUUUCAACACGGGACAACAACGAGGAGCGGACGUUAGUCUCCUCGAACUCUCAAAUAAAACUGUGAUUUUUAUUUUUACUUUUUUGCCGACAUGCUGGGAAACGACCUUUAGUAGUGUAACUACAGACUCUUUCACCAGCUCACCUUUUUGGGGGGUUUUUGGAGGAGAAUCUCAGGAUGAGCACUAUGGAUGGAGCUGUGGCCCCUGAGCGGAAUGGAAAGGACCGUGUUGUGCAGAUCUACCCCAGGGUGUCCCAGGACACGGCCGCCUACUGUCCCCUGCAGAUCAGCGUUGAUGACACGGCGAAGUCGGUCGUCAACAAUGCCAUCAUCACACUUGGCCUGGACUCCAGCCAAAAGUACACGCUGCUGGAGGUCAGGAGGAACAGUGAAGAGGAGAUGCUGCUGGAUGACAACGACUGCCCUCUGAUGCGAGUUCUACUGUGGCCGACAGAGGCGCAGAGAUGGCAUCCUCGGGGCCAGGGCUACCACUUCAUCCUGCAGCAGCAAGCCAUCAAUGGAGGCAACAAGGGAGGCAAUGCAGAUGACUGCUAUGACCUGUGCAACCUCCAAACUGUGACUGAGGAGAGUAUUCUCGAGGCUUUACGCCAGCGCUUCUAUGGGUUGAAAAUCUACACCUAUGCCUGCAGGAUCCUUAUCGCCAUCAAUCCCAAUAAGUUCCUGCCUGUUUACUACAACCCCAAGUACGUCAAGAUGUACGAGAACCAGCCACUGGGCAAACUAAGCCCCCAUAUAUUUGCAAUAGCAGACGUGGCCUUUCGUACCAUGCUCAGCAGGCAGGUCAACCAGUGUAUUGUUUUAUCUGGUGAGAGUGGCUCAGGAAAGACUGAAAGCAGCAGUUAUCUCAUCCAUUGCUUGACUGCACUCAGCCAGAAGUCUUACUCCACUGGACUGGAGCGGACCAUUCUUGGGGCAGGACCAGUGCUAGAGGCCUUUGGCAACGCAAUGACUGCAGAGAAUAACAACUCCAGUCGCUUUGGGAAGUUCAUCCAGCUCAACUAUCUGGAGAGCGGUGUCAUCAGAGGGGCUGUCAUUGAGAAGUACCUACUUGAAAGGUGCCGCCUGGUGUCCCGAGAUAAGAGAGAGAGGAACUACCACGUGUUCUACUAUCUGCUGGUGGGAGCGUCCAAAGACGAGCGGGAGGACUUUUAUCUACUAAAGCCACAAGAUUAUCUCUACCUCAAGCAGCAGGGCUUCCAUAUAGACGAUGUGGAGAAAUUCGGGCAGGCGUACAAAAGGCUCCAGCAAGCUAUGGAAAUGGUCGGCUUCCUGGCCUCCACAAAAAAACACAUAUUCUCCCUCCUCUCCGCCAUCCUCCACCUGGGCAAUGUGACGAUCACAGCAUCAGACGACACUCAGAUCCUGGAGGCUGGACCUCCUGAAGUCCUGUCUACACUGACUGACCUGCUCAAGGUGAAAAAAGAGCUGCUGGUGAAGACUUUGACCAAGAAGAGAGUGGUGACCGCUAAUGCCACCAUAGACUCACCAUACACACUCGAAAAGGCCUCCAAAAUGCGGGACUCUAUGGCCAUGUCAUUAUACAGCACUCUGUUUGACUGGAUCACCCUUCAUAUCAACCAUGCACUGUUCAAUAGACGAGACAUGGAGGAUUCAGUCUCUUGUUUGUCCAUCGGUGUGUUGGACAUGUUUGGAUUUGAGAACCUCCGGACAAACAGCUUUGAGCAGCUGUGCAUCAACUACUCCAACGAGAAACUGCAGUGUUACAUCAACCAGCACAUCUUCAGGGUUCAGCAAGAAGAUUAUGUGUCAGAGGGCAUUGCUUGGCAAAACAUUGACUACAAUGACAACAGUGGCUGCAUUCAACUGAUCAGUGAGAAGUCGACGGGACUCUUUGACCUGCUGGACGGUGAGAUCAUUCCCAACACCCUCAGCGUCUCCCCGCAGACCCUGCCCCAAGAAGUGCCAGAAGGAAGUGACAUCACACUCUCUUGUAAUGUCACCCGGGUGCUCACCCACCCCACCUACCUGUCGGUUACCUGGCUGCUGAAGACCGCCACAACAUCAGAGGAAAUCCUGACGUUUGGUCCACAGGGUGGUGUCACCACAGGGGCAAAGUUUGCGCGGCGCUACGCCGAUGGAGGCAUCCGACUUGUUCCUGGGAAGAAUGGAGUGUUUGAGCUGGUGAUAUCCAGGGUGAUGACGUCCAACGAUGGGACUUAUGAGUGCAACGGAACAGAGUGGACGCAUGAAAACGAGAAUGGCGGAAAGUGGAUAAAGAUUGUGGAGAGUACAAAGGAGAUGGGAACUGUUAAAGUCAUUCCAACAGGUCAGUCCCUCAGUGUGAAAACUACGUCCUCGUCUUCGUCUCCGCUCCUCUCCCCCGGCGACACACUGACCCUCCUCUGCUCCGUCGGUGCCAGCAACCUGCAGGCCCUCGCCCUGGAAGUGACCUGGCUGGCCGGCGACCGUGACAUCAUCACCAUGGAGCGCAGCGGGGUUGUGAUCUCAAACACGUCCUCAAGCACCGUGCAAGGAAAGCGAGGUGAGGCGAGCCUGGAGAGAACAGGAGCCGGGGAGUACAGGCUGUCUGUGAGGGGAGUCGGUGAGGAGGACGGAGGAGAAUACACCUGCCGAGUCCGAGCCUUCAUUGACAAAGGAGGAAAGAGCGCGGGAGGAGGUGGGAGGUGGCACAUGGCUGCUGAGAAGAAGUCCAGCGCUGUGACAGUUAAAGUGUCUCAGAUCAGUGAGUAA